GUGGUGUCGUGUGAGUUCCAUUCAGUAGGACACUGAGGUUUGUCGUGAGUGGAAGCUUUUUGUAAUAUUUGUCCAUUUUUUCCGUGGUGGUUGAAAAUAGGGGGUGAUUUUCUUCUUUGCCACAAUAUUUUUUUUGCGGCUGAUUUACAGCCAUUGAGAAAAGUGAGAGAUCCUUUUUGCGCCAAAUUCGGGCCACUCUUUCGUUCGCACAUGAGGAAAACUUAUGUAAUAAUCAAUAAGUCUGAAAUAUCGAGACACACAAUUAUUACACCAUUUCGCCUCGUGAGGAAGUCCACCGAAGAAGCUGUGAGAGAGUUUUGUGCCCCAGAAAGAUAAAGAUAAACCGAGAUAAUUGCGUGUAGAACUUUUUUUUCUUCCUCCUUAUUCUUGCCUCAAAGCCAAUAACGAAAGGACGACACUUUUGUGCCAGAGAAAGAACCUCAAAAGCUCAAGACCUGCAAAAAAAAAGGACAAACUGCUGAAUUUUUGCGGAGAAUAAGGCGCCAGGGCGAAAAAAAAAUAUCAUCUGACAUGUUUUCAAUGUGCUCAAAAGCUCUCCCAAAUACACCCACAAUUAGGACGAAAGUUGAUAGGACGGAAGUAACCACCAAUUAUGAUAAUAAUAAAGAGCAAUACGCAUCGACCGCGGGAAAACAAAUAAAAGGUGGAUACUUGCUGAGGUACAAGAGACAAUUGCUGUGGAAUCGAUGGGAGGAAGAAUGGGUGGUACUCUAUGAUGAUUCAACAAUGGCCUGGUUCACUGAGCCGGGACGGUCAUCACCAGCGGGAAAAAUUCUGGUGAAGGAAGCACCGGAAAUGCUAGCCAUUGCUCAUUGGACAGGACAAAUACCGAGAAGACCACCGCUACCCAGCAACUGCACCGUGUCCCAAUUAAUUGCACUUGGAUCGCGUCGCAAAAAGUCCAAAGUGUAUUGGAUGCUGGCGAAGUCGGAACAGGAAAUGGGUGAAUGGAUUUCUGCCAUUUCCAAGACGCUUCCACCUCCGCCACAAAUUGAAUUAAUCGUUGAUAAACCCAACAUAUUAGGCGUCCUCAAGCGUCCAUUGGUGCGAAUUCGACCUGCAACAAGUUCGGAAAUAUUUGCGAGGAAGACAAUGAACGAGGGCGGAGUUCACAAUCCGGCAGUUAGCAAUGAUGCAGCAGUGGCAGUUCUGAAGAAGGGCAGUCAGAAUGAUACAUCUUCACGUGGUGGAUCAUUGGCAUGUGUUCUGCCAUGGGGACAUGGUUGGGGUUGGUCAACACUUCCCAAUGGUGUUUGGAUAGGAGAGCUCACAUGGUCACAAUGUGAAGACUCCUUCACACUCCAUGCUCUGCCCACGAAUCACUGCACGAACUAUGUGGACACUUCCGUUGCUGGCAUCUAUCAUACGGAUGUGGAGACUGGCAUAGAUUUUCAUUCGACAGGCGUCGAGGAGUUGGGCGUUGAGGAUUUCGACUACACCAUGGAUUGUGGUGAUUUCCUCUUCUAAAUCCCUCUGGUCAUCCCCAAGAAUGGGGAUUUGAAAAUCCACCAAGAAGGGGGACAGCAGCAAGUAAAAAAAACGUAAUACUAGCCAAAUGUUAGAUCUGAGAAAGCGCAUAAUUCUCCCAAAAAAAAAGGAAUCACCCUCCGUAGAUCAAUCGUCAUGUUAGAUGGUAAUCAAGAGUAAGAUGGAGUACUUUUAGGAGACAUUAUUGACAUGUAUAACAUUAUUAGAGCAAUUUUAAUGGUGAAUUAGAGCCCCUUUUCAAUCUUCCAAAUGACUCUCAUCGCACCAGAUGGGGUCUUUUCGAUAAAAGAAAGAAUUUAUUUUCCAAAAAAAAUUAUAUUCUACCCAAAUGAGAUUAAAAAAGACAACAUUUUUGAUGAUACGACCGAAAAACGAAAGCGUGUGUGAACUUCUUCAAAAUAAAAUCUUCACAUGAGGGGUGGUUUAGAAUCGGACACAAUAUUUCGUGUAAACUUAGUACGAAAUCGUAGGAUUUUUUCUAUCACGAAGUCCAUUUCAUUGAUUGAAAUUUAUAGCAAAAGGAUGAAUGGAAAUGGUUUGGAGAGAAGAAAAAUGUCACUACCGCCAGAAAAAAAUUCAUUUACGACUGAAGAAAAAAAAAAGAAAAAUUUAUAUUGGAAUAUUUACUUAAAAAAAUACCUUUACAGUUGUUUUUCUAUUUUUAUACGCUAAUAAGAAUGAUAUUUUUUAGAAAGAUUACAUUAUUAAAAUCACUUAUAGCGUGGAGACAUUUUCAGAACAGAAAGAAUAACACAACCCAAAUUUAAUAUUAGUGGUAUGUAUAAUAUACAUUAAUUAGUAAAAGAAAAUAUAAAAAGAGAUAUAUGUAUAUGCAAAGAGAAAUUAAAAAAAAAAGUGUAUGAACUGUUAUAUUUACUAAUGGGAAGGUGGUUCUUGGCUUUAGGAAGGGGUUUUAUUUAUUUUCCAAAGGGACAGCUACAUUUUAUAUCAAUUUCUUUCUGAUCAUGUAUUUUGUAGGGAGACUGUACUAAAUCUCCUAACUGAACUCCGCCUUAAAAUAACUUUAAAAAGGUCUGGUCAACUAAAAUUAAAAUUUGUAAGCCUAUAAUUUUUACAACAAAGGGUUACUAAAACAAUUUUUAAGAAAAAAACUCACGAUAUGGUUUUUUAUGGACGAGGUCUGUAUGUCCCACCUACUAAAAAAAUAGACCACGCCCAUAAAUCAAAUAUUUCGCCCUUCAAUUUUUUAUUCUUAUCUUUUUUGUAAGGUAUCCUAUGUGUAAGAACUCACUUGUUGUGUUAACUAUCUUGUUUAUGUUUAAUCCUUUCUGAACUUUUAACUCUUUCCGGACCGCAGCAUAUGCUGCAAGCCAGUUUUACGAUUUUUUAAUCAAAAAUAUCUUAACUCAGGAGUUAAUUGAGGUCCUACAAAAAAUAUCUUACACUUGGACAUCCUUAUAGUUUGUAAUCAUCUAUAAGAAUCGGAUUUUUAUCAGUUCUGAAUAAUUAAAAAACAUUUUUUCACAGAAUAUUCAUAUGAAGCUUUGGGUACUCAGAGUCCAAAAGAGACGAAAGAGUCAAUGGUUGAUCUUGUUAAAUGUUGAAAAAAACCCAACAUAAUUUUCUAUUACAAAAUAUUUUAGGUUCCUUGUACACAGUUUCUAAUCUAAUGUAAUAUAAUCUUCAGACUAAUUCGUUAAAAAAGCUUUAUUUUUAAUUUCUCAAUUUUUGAGGCCAAAUAUUAUAUAAAGAGUGAAAUCUAAAUUAAUUUUAUAGAAGCACAGAUAAACCGGCAUAAAGUAAGUUUUUAAAAAUAAUGGCACGAGUUUGACUUUAUAAGUCCAAUGAUUUUUUUUCUAGAAAUUUAAUAAUUCAAUUUUUUUAUAACUUCUUUUUAUAAAAUGUCUUUUGAAAAAUCACGAGAAACCGAUAGAAUAAUGGAUUUUGUCAGAAAGCCUUAUGUGAGGAUUAAUGAUUAAAAAGGGCUUACUUACAAAAUAAGGGACUGAUGAGCUUCAACCCUUAGGGCUUAAUUAGACUCAGGUUGAUCCUCGACAAUAUUUAAAUUGUAAAAUUUGGCACUAAGGCAUUAAGUAAAGGAAAUUUGAGCUAAGAAUCUCAAAUUGAUGAUCCAAUUCUCAGUCUAUUACACUUUGGGAUAAAUCUUAACUACCACUUACAGUCUUAAUAUUCUUGAGGAUCAGCCUGAGUCCAUUUGGGCCGUAAGAUCCUAAACACAUAUGUGCUGGACAUACUUAUUAUUUAAACCGGGAGACGGCUUAACAUAAUUACAAUGUAAAUAAUGAUUUGACUAAAUUCUCUUCAGUUUCCUUAAAAAUUCUCAAGAGAUUUACAAACCUUCUAAACAUCGUACUUAAACAUACGAUAUAAAACUUUAUUCAAAAAUAGUUAUUUCAAAAUUUUGAAAAAUGGAAUCAGUUAAAUUUCAAUUUAAAAAGACACUUUAAUGUCUUGGGAAUGUUUUACAACAAUAACCAUUUCAGGAUGAUUGUUUUAUACUAUGAACCCUAAUUUUUUCUUAAAUAAUAAAUUUUCUAUUUCUUUUUUUUUUUAUUUUGCAUUUGUAAAACAAAUAAUUUAAGCAUAAAUAUCCGAACAAUUAAUUCAUGAUUACCCCUGGAAACUAUAAUUAUUAUCACAGUAUUACUAAAGUCUUAAAUUUCAUUUUCUACUCAAAAUAGCUGAAGAAUUGAAGUUUAUUGUUAGUUUAAAAAAGUUUUUCGAAUUACAAAAAUAGAACCAUACCAACUUUCUCCACAGAAAUCUUUGAAAUAUGGAAGCAGUCUUUAAUAGAAUCGCUCCUUACCAAUUACAAUACGCUAAUUUAGUUCUUUACGAUUUUGAGAUUCUACUGCAUAUAUAAAGAGAAUUUAAAAUAUAUUCAUAUUAAAUUCCAUUUUUAGAAAUCGUCAGUUAAAUCAGUAAUUGUCGUAACUUCAUUUUUGUUUUUGAGAUAUAUACAUAUUUGCAAUCUGUGUAAUAUUGCUUAUUAAACGCACUUGAGAAAAAAAAACUUUUAGAAUCCUAAUAAAAAUUAUUUUAAAUAAAUAUUGUCCAGUGAAUAAUACGGAAGUGAGUGAUUUUUUUAAUUGAAUUUGCAAGAAAAAUAUGCUUAGACACACUCUCAUGUCUAUCUGUCAUUAAUUUAAAACAAAACAAGCGAUACGAUGCACAAAAUUUUUUCAACAAAACUUAUGAAAUAAAAGCUUUUUAGAGAUAGAGAUAUUUUAUAGAGACAGAUAUUUUAUUUGGCUAAUUAAGUUUAAUAAAGGCGUUUCUUAUCAGUAGAAUAAUUUAAUUUUAUAUUUUUCAUUUUGUCAAUUUAAGUUAACUUUAAGUUUAUUAGUACUAUACUUUCUCUGUUUUGAUUCACAAGUAUCGUAUUCAGGCUUUUUUUUAAGAAAAAUAAAGCUUAAUUGAAAAUUUCGUUUCCUAAAAACUUGUGAAAAGAAAGUUACGACAGAUGCUGAUGUCACUAAUGAAAUAUUUUCAAAAUUAUACUCUUUUUAAUUCAUUAUUUUUAAAGGGACACAAAAUAGACUUAUCGUCAAUAUUUUUGUGAAAUAGGGAACUAACUCAAAUAAGUUGAUCCCUUGUCAUUCUUAUUCCAGAAAAACUUGCCUAUCACUAGAAUUACAGAGAGCCAACUUAGAAAAAAAUAUAUUUUGAAAUGUAAAAAAAUGAAAAUUUAAAUGUUUUAUUAAUGCUCAGAUUAACAGAAAAGAUAUAUUUCUUUUUCUUUAAAUUCAAGGAUUUGUUUCAAGGAGCGUGUAUUAAACCUUCCAUAACGGUUGUAUUAUAUAUUUUUCCCAAGAGUAAAUAAUUUUUCUUCAUUUUUUAAUUCUUUAAUUCAGAGACUUGUAAAGAUUUCAAAUUAUUUUAAAAAUAAUAUUUUACUGAAAUCUGAAUAAACAUAAAUUUAUUAUUAAGCAAAUUUAAGAACCAUUUUGAAAAUUUUGAAACUUAGCUCUUUUAUAGAGGUCAAUCAGUCUUCGUCUUUGUUUUAAAUAGGCGUACCCUAAAAUUGUCUUUGGCUAAGCUUAAUUUCAAGGUGCAGUUCCCUACAAAAUAUAUUUUUGGAAAAGAAAUUUAUGGUAUUUUAUUAUGUAAUAACUGAGUGUAGAAGAGUCUCAAAAGGUAAGUUAAUCAAAGACUAUCUUCCUAUAGUAGUCAUUGCUAGUGAUUACCUGAAAAAUAAGUAUACGUUGUAAAACACGCUUAAAGGUACAAAAAUUCAAAAUCAUAUAUUUUUUUAUUGCAACAGAACAAUAUAUAUUCCUCUUUUAUGCCAAAAGCUCCAUUCUACAGCCAUAACCUAAUAAGAAUGUGCUCCGCUCCUCUAAAAGCCGAGUUUGGUAUAUUUUCUUGAAUGUUGAAAGAGAUGAAUUUUUGGGCAAAUAUUAAAAAAAUAUAUAAAUAAUAAAAAAAACAGAGAAUAUAUAUUAUUUAGUGUUGAAUAUUAGACUUAUAAUCAUAACAGAAAAAAAAUGAAUACGUGUGAAUUCGUCAUGUUAGUUGUAAUUGAAUCUAGGCGUAAAAAUAACCAUAAAUAUUAGACACCGAAACGAAAUAUCGUCGUUAAAACUAUGGCUAUAAUCUGGAUAAAUUUACUAGAAGACAACCACGGAAAAAGCGUACUUAGUAAAUGUAUCUGACGUCAUUUGUAAUGUCUAUAUCGAUGCCCUAAAGAAAUUUCCUUGUUUUAAAACAAGAAAUUGACAAAGUUCUAAAAAAAAUUAAUAUUAAAUGUUAUCCCUGAAGAUAAAAGACCAUUGUUUCAAUUCUAACUAACAUUAGUGGAGAUCCUCAGAAUAAUUACGACUAAAAGAAAUUGUAUUUUUAGAAGAAAAUUGUUAACACGGAUAUUUCUCCAGGAAAUAAAAGAGGUAGCACAUGAAUGUUAUCUACUGAGAAAAAAAUGUCAUAAAUAGAGUCUAUUUAGUAGAAAAGAUGACGAAGAGAAAAACACAUAACGUGAGAGAGAUAUUUGUGUAGAAUUACAAUGAAGCUGAAAAUAUGCGCACUUAACAAUAUUACUUAGGUACUAAAAAAGAAAUAAAAAAUUUAUAGAGAAAAAAAGAUAUAACCAACAUCAAUUUUAAAUGUAAAAUCGCUGGACGAUUUAUCAAAUUAUAUAGAUGUUACACUACUAAAAGACAAAAAAAAAAUGUAUUUUAUUGAACAACAUGAACAAAUAAGACUAUCACCGUAAAAGUUAUUUUCUAAUUUUGUAAUGAGAAAAUUACACAAUUACUAAAAAAAAGUGACUUAGGGAAAAAAUUAACAAUGAGAAAAAAAACACAACCAAUACGGAAAAAGAAUCAUAAAAAAAAUCCCAAAAGAAAAUCAAGCCCAAUGUGUUCACAAUUUAUCAGAAAAAUAUUUUUUUUCGUCAAUUUAACCAAAAAAAUAUAGAUGGAAUGUUAAGACGAACAAUUUGCCAACACGCAGACAAUUUUAUAGAGACACAUUUCACUUUGAGAAGAAAAGAUGUGAAAAUAUAUUCCAUUUUAGAUGCAAAUCCCAUAUGUAAAUGUAGAGAAAAAGAGAAAUCCAGAAGGAUAAUGUGUACCAAAAAUGUUGCUCCUGCGUAAAAUUUUAGAAAUAUACUUCUUCCAUCCAAGCGCAAUCACUGAGAAAAGCAUCUUUUCAAGCUGACAACAAUUAUCCGCACACUAACUACAAAAUUAUAUAUGGAUGGGUUAUGGAAUCAAGGGGGACUGAUUAGAAAGAAAUGGUGUACAAAUUAAAUUCUUACUAUAGCCUUUACACAUGAAACACAAAUUCAUUUUCAUAUUCGCUUUUACAUAAACUUUAUUUACAAGAAAAAAAAAACAAAAAAAAAACGUUAAGAACUACCAAUUCAAAAAAAGUUUGACCCAAAUGUCAAAUACUGGAACCUUUGAAAUUUAUUAAUUUUAUCUUAUGACAGUUCGUCGGAUAGCGUAGAUAAAGAAAUAUUAUUAUUCAGACUGUCAAAUAUAUUCAAUUGUAAAGUGGAUUGUAAUUAAAGUUUUUGUUCCACAUAUUGACAUCUGUCAAUGAAGCAUAUAUUCUUUCGUUCAGUUUUAAAGAAAGACGGGUAUCAGAAAAAUUGUCAAAUAAAAUUAUAACGAUUUGACUUUACUUGAAAGAAUCUCACAGUUGAUUGUUGAAACGAAGUACAUAUAUAAGAUCCGUAGUUGAUCUACCGUUCUCUAAUGUUUGAACAUGAAAUUGUGUAAACAUAAAUAAUGGAUGAACGCUUAAGCCGCUAAUAGACCACCCGAUCUUGAACAUCUAAUUUUUAGCUCAACUAUGGAAUAAAGUUACCUACAACUAUCCGUAGAUUGUCUCUAAAUGUACGAUAACUUAAAAAAUUAACGCUUUCACUGCAUUCACAGUUUCUUAAAAAGAGAAAUUUGUCUGAACUAAAAGGAAAUAUCCACCAUAAUUGACUUGCACUUCGAAAUCAUUUACGUUCUUUCGGUUCUUUUACAUCCAUAAUAUCAUAUUUGUUUCGAUUCUGAGACCAACAUCAAAAAUAAAAAUUAGGAAAAUUGUAAAAUUUUUAUAAUCUGAAGUCAAAAAAUCAAGAUCUAAAUACUAAAUUUGUCAAAUGUCUUGGGAUCUUGAUAUCCAAGACAAAAACCGUGUGGAUUUCAAGAUUUUCCAUUCUAAAAUAGAUUUAAAGACUUCAAAUUUAUUGACUUUUUAAAUAAAUCCAAGAACCUUUCGCAGAUGCUUGAAUUAUUCAAGCAUCUCCAUAAUUUAAUGCUAAUCUGUAGUACAAUUGAAGGUAUUCUUCGUUUCAACAUACAGUUGUUAAUGUUUUUUAAAUAUUUUUUUAAUCAUUUAAGGUAAUGAAGUUGACAGCUGAGUGCAACUGUCAUAUGUUUUAUGAAUUAAAAUCUAAUUUACCUAAUUUUUGAGAGAUGCAAAAGGAAAAAAAAAAUUUGCAAAUUAAAUUAAAAACCAAUUGAACGGAAAAACCGAAUUAUUUUUUUUUAACAUCUUGGUAUCAAUUCCUUACAAAACAAAUUAGAAUUCACGAAAUAAAUUAAAAAAUUAUUUCAGUAUUUCAUGAAAUGAAUAUUUAAAGUCAAAUAUUUAUAUUUAAAAUAUGAUAUCUGAAAAAUGUGAAAGAUUCGGUAAAUUUAAGAGAGAGAUUUUUUAUAAUCUUCCUCAAAACAGCCGAAAUAAAUCGGAAUUAAGUUGAAAAUAAGUCUAUUUUGUUUAAAAUUCAUAUUCAAAAUAUUGAAUGAAUUCAAAUAUUAUAAUAUUCUCGACAAUUUCAAACAUACAAGAAUUGUGACUUAACAUUUGAAAUCGUAUUUUUAAGAAGUUUUUGACAUCUGUCAAACUGUCACAUCCUUCCUUAAGUUAUUAGGUGAGAUUCUUAAUAAUCUCACCUACUUUUUAAUAAUUUUCUAAAAUUGCAUUAUAAUACUAAAUCUGAAGAUAUUUUUUCCUCUUUGAUAGAUAUAUUUGAGAUAACUGUCAAAUAAGAAACAGUGGCAACUAUGUCUAUGAAUAACUGUAUCUUAUUUUCUAUUAAACCGUAGAUGCGGGUGACUUUGUCCUCCAUGGGUGUCAUUGACCCCCUAAUAUUCGCAAGCUUUUCUUUAAUUCUAAUGUCUAACAAUGGUCUUCACCGAUUAGGAAUGGUAGAUCGGAUCGGUAAAGAUCAUCAUUAAGUUCCAGAUUUAAAGAAAAGCUUACGAACAGAAGGGGUCAAAGUCACCCACGAAGGAGAAAGUCAAUCGCAUCUGGUAAUCAUUAUAAUUCUCAACGAAAGAGUAUACGAUUAACAGGUGUCAAAUUGAGAUGAACUAAUGGAUGAACUACAUUUAUUUAUUUAGUCAUAUUUUGAAAUCUGUCAAACUUUCAAUUAUUUGAAAAAUAUCAAAAGAAACACAAAAAUUUAACAAACAAAAACACUUGAAAAACCAAUAAAUUGAAGAUUUCUCUAUUUUUUAAUUUAAUCAAAAUCAGCCAACAUGUUCAACUGGUUGCACUGAUGUUGUAUUACAUUCGUCCAAUUAGUUAAUUGUACAUCAUAGUCAUGAAUGUGUCCCCCUUGGUCAGGACAUGAAAAAUAGCUAAAUGUUGAUUGAUGAAGGAAUUAGAAACAAUUUAGCAGAAAAGAAAUAAACAUAAAAUGCGGGUCAAAAUGUUCACAAAACAAACAUAAGAAAAUUAACAAUAAAUUCUGUGUGUACAUGUUUAUGACAAAAUGGUGAUUAGCAAAUAAAAAUUCUAUGCAAAAAACCCAAGAA